GGCUCUGGGGGAUUGUUGUAGCUAUCUCGGCGUCAGACGCACAGAGCUUUCGCCGGAGUGCGCGGGCGUAGUGUUCGUCGCCGCCAUGAGCUACACAGGCUUUGUCCAAGGAUCUGAAACCACUUUGCAGUCAACAUACUCGGACACCAGCGCUCAGCCCACCUGUGAUUAUGGAUAUGGAACUUGGAACUCUGGGACAAACAGAGGCUACGAGAACUAUGGUUAUGGCUAUGGCUAUGGCCAGGAUAACACCACCAACUAUGGGUAUGGUAUGGCCACUUCAAACUCUUGGGAAAUGCCUAGCUCUGACACAAAUGCAAAUCCUAGUGCCUCGGGUAGCGCCAGUGCCGAUUCCGUUUUAUCCAGAAUUAACCAGCGCUUAGAUAUGGUGCCACACUUGGAGACAGACAUGAUGCAAGGAGGCGUGUAUGGCUCAGGUGGAGAAAGAUAUGACUCCUAUGAGGCCUGUGACUCCAGGGCCAUCCUGAGUGAGCGCGACCUCUACCGGUCAGGCUAUGACUACAGCGAGCUUGACCCUGAGAUGGAAAUGGCCUAUGAGGGCCAGUAUGAUGCCUACCGUGACCAAUUCCGCAUGCGUAGCAGCGACACCUUCGGUCCAAGGGCGCAGGGCUGGGCCCGGGAUGCCCGGAGCGGCCGGCCAAUGGCCUCGGGCUAUGGGCGCAUGUGGGAAGACCCCAUGGGGGCCCGGGGCCAGUGCAUGCCUGGUGCCUCCCGGCUGCCCUCCCUCUUCUCCCAGAACAUCAUCCCUGAGUACGGCAUGUUCCAGGGCAUGCGCGGCGGGGGUGCCUUCCCAGGCAGCUCCCGCUUUGGCUUUGGAUUUGGCAAUGGCAUGAAGCAGAUGAGGCGGACCUGGAAGACCUGGACUACUGCUGACUUCCGCACCAAAAAGAAGAAGAGAAAGCAGGGUGGCAGUCCUGAUGAGCCAGACAGCAAAGCUACCCGGACGGACUGCUCGGACAACAGUGAUUCAGACAAUGAUGAGGGCACUGAGGGGGAAGCUGCAGAGGGUGCUGAAGGCACUGAGCCUAUGGAGAAAGGCUCCCGAGCAGAAGGAGAGGACGAGGAGGGAAAAGAGGACGGGAGAGAAGAAGGCAAAGAAGAUUCGGAGAAGGGGGCCCUGACCACACAGGAUGAGAGCAGCCAGGCCAAGCGCAAGUUGCUGGCAAGCAAGAAGAGCCAGGACAAGCAGAAAAAGCGGCAGCGAGACCGCAUGGUGGAAAGGGCUCCCGCACUGGCGCUUGCCUCCUCCUCCGCCUCAGACUCUUGCUCUUGCUGGACCUUCCUCAGCCUCGCCGGCGCCUGGCCCCUGGGCUCUCCAGACAAAGCUGACCCCGUGGCCCAGAUAAGGACGUCCGGCAGAGGUAGGGACCCGCCCCGAGGCCUCGGUGGCGGCUGGCCUCCUCCGCCCCUUGCCACGGGGCCUGCUCCAGCCCAGGCCCUAGACCCCGGGCUUCUGCUGUGGACACCAGGCCCAGACAGAGCACCUCGCCCGGUGACUGCAGGCUGCCCUCUGGCAGGCCGGGCAGGCGCCCUCCUUCCAGCUCAGACUGGUCUCUUCUCAGAAGAGGAAGAUGAGGAGCAGGUGCCCAGGCCUGCUUGCCUCCCAUCCCUCCCGACACCACCCCCAAGCAUUCUGAGCAGAGGAUGGGCUGGGCCUCUGAGUCCCCCAGACCCCAGAAGGAAGAUGCAGCACCUUUUCGGGCCCUGCCUCGGGACUGCGUACUCCACUCUGCACCUCAGGGCCACCUGGCUCACGCCAGGGCAUCCUUCCUUCGGGUCCCCGCUGGGCCAAGUGCACAAGCUCCUGCCCAGCCUUGGUAGAGAGGCCCUCCGGCAACCUUCCAGCGACUCCUUGCCUGUUGCAGCAGCUGCUGCCUCGGGCUUCGGCCUCCGGCCUCCUGCCUGUGGGAAGGAAGAGCUCCUUCCCUGCCCACUAUGUUGUCGUAACUGCAGCCUGCAGACUGUCCCUUUCUGCUCCCAAACCUACUGGUCCCAGCCUCUGCUGGGACCGUGCCUGAGGCCCAUGAGCAAGGCCUGUUUUGGGGCCUGCAGCUGGGUUGGGUGAGGUGGUAGCACCAGUCCCUGGGACCCUUGCAGACUCAGCCAAUUGUUUCCAUCCUGUGACAGGAUCCAGUUUGUGUGUUCUCUCUGCAAAUACCGGACCUUCUAUG